GAUGUCACCAGCAAAUUCUCUUGAAGUCAUCACUGAGCUUCUCAAGUUAUUUGCCUGUAUGUGGACUAUAAAUUGAACAUAUUCAUAGAUCAAGGAUAAGCUGAUAAGCUACAAAUAGAAGAAAACUGAGAAGAAAUUUUGUCUUUUUUGAAUUGAAUUGCAUAUUCUUCACGCUGAGCUGUGCAGAAAUGCUGAUGAGCUAGGAGACAUUGGAAAAUACCCAUCUGGGCCAGAAUCAACUAUGCAUGAAAUCUGGCCCAGAAACAUGAAGAUUUAGGUGAGGAAAUUAAACCCUGGUCCUUCUUUUACAGCUCUUUCCUGAAGAAAAAAAAAUAAAUGAGUUGUUCUUCCUGAGAUUUCUGAGGGUAGCUCAUUUUUUAAAUUAUUUGAAUGGAUGUCCAUCUCAGGGUGGCUUUCCUUGAGUUAGUUUGUCUGGGAUCAAAGAGAAACCACAAGGCAGGAAUGCUGCAGCUGAGCAAAAAUUUCAGAGCAAAUUGAUCCAGCAAUUUUACCCUUUCACAAUGCAGAGUCUUUUAUUUAUUUGGUUGGCUGGUUAAAUGUUUUGGCAAAGCCUGGAUCCAGCUUGCUUUUUGGGACAAGAUCUUGGUAGCUCAGUGAAUCAUUGCAUUUUCUUGUUCGGCAAGAAGCCUUGAUCAUUUUCCUGCCUGUUGGUGGCAAAGCAUCUCUACAAGUACGUGGGGCUCAGUAAAACUCACCACUCAAGACAAAGAUAUUCGCAAGUAUGCAUGCUGAGUGUGUGGGCCUAGGUGGACUGCAAGUGCCAAGGCUUGAGAGGUAGGUGACAGACCUUUCAUCCCCAUUCCAUUCGUUGCUACAUCAGAACUAGGUCAUCCAACCCAACAUCUUCAGAGCUGAGAAAGAAAUGAAAUCCAUGUCAGGUGAUUAUGGAUGGGACCUCCAGGUAUGGCUCCUGUGGCAUAGGGCUUGCAACCUAGCUUGGGAAAUGGGGCUGUGUAUUGGGCCGUAGGAUGCUGCACACUUGCUUCUCUCCGCUUAGGCAGCCAAAGUACAGCACAGUUUAUAAUGUAAUUUCAAAUAACUGAGGGAACCUUUCACACUAGCCCAACCUAAAAAGAGGGACUUUUAAAUAGUUUUCAGCUGCCUCAAUCUGGCCCAGACACAGGACAUGGAGAAUUAUUUUACCACUUGUCAAUGGCACUCAGAACAGCUUUCUUUUAGAGCAUGAUCCACAGUAUUUUACUCAAAAUGGAGCCACCACCAAUGUUAGUAUAGGUAAAAUAUAAUGAAAAACAAUAAUGCUCACGCUAAGUAAAAAAAUAAAUAGAUAAACAAAUUCAAAGCAAAUAAUAUCAAAAACAUCCUUAACAGUAUUGUAUUGCUUAUAUCUUGCAUGGAGAGAAUAUUUACAUUGUUAAGAAAUCUGUUCUUCAGUCAGAGCAGCUACAUUUUAGCAGCUUGCCAAACAAGAAUAUGAUAGGAGGAUAAUAUUUCACUGCCACUCUCAGCUACUUUUUACAGUGAGGAGAUGAUUAUUAAGAGCCUGUUUCUUUACUGGAAAAGCUCACACAAAGAAGAAUCCUUCCCUUGGAUAUGCAAGAGGCAGUUUUGUUUAGGACUACAAUCCAACUGAGGUGUGCCGUCUUAUUUUCAAAGGUAGAAGGUUUUCCAGCUUCAUCUUGGCUCUUCAUUCACUUUUCUAAACAACUCCAUUUCCUAAAAUAAAAAAACUAAAAAUAAAACCCAACAACCCAUUUUCCAAAGGCAACCCUAAAUUCUCACUGUUGGGACUCCCAGCAGUUGAAAUUUUUCUAUCCUCACAAGGUAUUUAGCAAAUUACCAUUCAGGAGCACAUGACUUUACUAAACAAAUAUUUCUUUGAAAAAGCAAAGAAAUGCAACAAGACAGUACAAAGCAGAUCUGUUUCCUUGUUUCUUCCAGGUAUUUGGGUAGUCUCAAGUCAGAAUCCUCUACAAAAUACAUAAUUCUUUUUCCCAAGACUGGUUUUCUCUCCGAAGUGACUGAUAGGAAGCUCCUUUAUUUUACAGAUGCUUUGUCAUUUUCCCUUUUCUCAUCUUCAACUGAGAAUUCCCAGUUUAUUUCAGUGCCAUGGGGAUUGUGCCCUCCAUCAGAUAAUUUCCUAUUUUGGUCAGUACCAAGCUAGAACCUCAAUUUGAAAGGUGUUGGGUUCUACUGAUUCUUUUGGGGGGUGGGAGGGUAACUUGUGAAAUAAGCAGUUCUUCAGCAAAAAGUACUUCCAUUUUAUAGGACAAUUAACAUUUAACAACAUAUGUUCAGCCCCAUGCCUGCUUCCCAGCAUCUGGAUGUUUCAGCUCCAUCUGGAAUCUAAUAAAGGAACAGAGUCUCAUAAAUCUAACACAGAAAGCAAAAUGGUGUUUAUACAUUUACGACAGCCAUAUAGAGAUGCAUUAAUUCUAUUUGAGACCACAAAUGUGUAAAUAUACAGCACUCCUCUGGUAGCCAUUGCAAGCGCUGUUGGCUUUGGUUUAGAAAUAGAGAGAGUCUGCACAGGUUGAAAAGAGAAAAUGAUACACAGUCAGAGGUCUUUCUUAUAGCAGUAACCUUUCAGGCCUGCUAAGGAUGAUAAGCAAGUCUGAUCAACACUGUCAGCAUAAGACAACAGCGCUCGGAGGAUGCCUCUCCAUGCCUCUCCACAUACCAUAUGCAGUCCUGCAGCUUUAAAUUACUUUCUUGAAAAGAGGCUUGUAUGCCAAAACAUACACAAGACCACAGCCUCUCGCCCUUUGAUAACCCUGUACUGUUUCUUACACUAUUUCUCUUGCUUGGGAAGCUCACUCAGUGGUUUUCUUUCUGGAAUGCAGCAUGCCAGCAGUGCUUGUUUUUGUUAUCCUUGUUCCCUCAUUUCCCUGCUCCAGGGGAAAGUGCUAGCAGCCCCGCCUUGUAGGUUGGUAGGAAAUUUAAACCAGCAGUAAGCUGCUCCUUGGACCACCCCCAGACAUUUUUUCCCCUCGUUGAUACAGACGACUAUUUAACUGGGGGUUGACUUGUCAAAUUCAUUCACUGACGCUUAGCAGGAGCUGCCCAGCCAUUGACAAGAAUUUUUUCCUCAUCUCCUCCCCUGGACAAGCUCUCCAGGACAAAGAUGCUGCUGAGCCUGCUUGCUCUGCUCUCUGCAGCCCUGCUAGCCAGAGCAGCCCCUCCAACUUGCUACUCCAGGGUGUUAUCUCUGAGCAAAGAAAUCACUGAGUCCUUCAAGGAGCUGCAGACCUCCAAGGCUAAGGACUCAUGUGUAGAGACGCUGCCCAGGCUGUACUUGGACAUUCACAAUUACUGUGUGCUGACAAAACUGCGUGACUUUGUGGCCUACCCCAGAUGUGAAAGAGUGCUGGAAGUGAGUGAGCUGAAGGAAAAAGCCCGGAGCCUGUACACCAUUAUGAUCUCCUACUGCAGGAGGGACUUGGCAUUCCUUACUGAUGACUGUAAUGCUCUGGAAAGUCCCAUCCAAUCUUCCAUUGAGUCCUCUGAAGAUAUUGACAGCUAAAAUGGAGUCAGCCCCAAAGUUGUACCUGGGAAAUUUUCAAGGAGACCAGGAGUCAAGAUGCAUAUAACACUGUCAGCUACAGCAUUAGACCUUUUUUGAGCACACUAGUAAUAUUGUCUCAGACCUACCCAUUUUUCUCAGCCUUGGCAGGAAAUGAACCGCAUGCCUUACAUACCUGCAGAGCUGCUAGGAAAACUAUGGUUAGAAAGCAGUUUUUUAUUUGGCAAGGUAUGAUAUUUCAGCUUAGCCAAAUGUAUAAAGUACGUUUUGUUUAAACACUAGGUACUAGAUUUUUAAACUCUUCUAUGAAUAACUAGAUCGUACUACAUUUUCUGUAUUCUAUCCUAAGAAGUUAUUUUAUUAGAUUGACAUGAAAGAGACUUUGUUUUUCUUAAAACAUUUGAUAGAAAUGUAAUUCUGUGCUGACAGACUUCUCUCUAACUGUAUGGAUCAUAUAUGUAUGCUGGUAACGUUUGAUAUCAGACUUGUAAGAAUAGAAGUGAAAGUAUCUUGCCUGAGUGAAAAAUUAAAUA